GUGUGUGGCAGUGGGAGAGAUGCUUCGAAACGUGGGAAACUCCUCUCACGGUCCCAGGACUGAUAAAUACUCACUCCCUGUGUGGCCGGUCUGGGCUCAGAGUGACCAUGAUUCUGCAACAGUGGCGACUGGUUUUGGCUGUGGAAUGCAUCUUGAUAUGUAUCUCCAGCCAGUCUUUUCCAAGACGGUGUGCAUUCCAAGUGAGUCCCCAGAACAACAAAUACACAACUGCUGGCAAUGUGAGUGGGUCGGUGCAGCUCUGUGAAAACACCAAAUGUUGUGUGGGCUAUUUUCUGAUCAUCGAUGGCAGGCCGGAGGUUGACCUUCUCGCUUGUGAUAUGGCUGAAAAGUCUUGUCCAGAUGCAACCUGCAUGGCACAAACACGCUUCAACGGUCGCCUCAUUAAGUGUAUGUGCAACACAGACCUCUGCAACAGCAACAUCACUUGGACCACAGAGUCGGAAGAGCCUCGACUCACCUACUCUUAUUCUGUUGAUGAAAUAGUGAAAACUGCUGUAAUAAUUCUGAUAGGAACUUUGCUAAUCCUGUGCUUCAUGAUCUUUGCUGCCAAAUGGAGGAGCCUCAAUAAAGAGAAAAAUUUCAUUUCUGUGGCAUUUCAGUCAGAGGAGAAUCCACCCUCCCAUGAUGAUUACAGUGUCUCGCGACUGUGUUCCUGCCAAACAACAAAAACCUCUGAGAUUGACAUUUCUAACAUUGAAUUCCAGCAGAUUGUGGGCGAUGGGCAUUUUGCAACAGUUUGGAAGGGGAAAUACCAGGGAUCCGUGGUGGCCGUGAAAGUUUUCCCUGCAGCCUGGAAACAGAAAUUUACUGCAGAGAAGGAGGUUUAUGAGCUACCACUGAUGAAGCAUGCUGGGAUUGUCCACUUCCUGGGCACUGGGAGGAAACCGGAUGGAGGCAGUUGGCUUAUUGUCCUGCAAUUUGCUGAAUAUGGUUCUCUCCACUCCUUUCUGUGUAAACACACCACCAGCUGGAUGUUGUCACUGAAGUUGUGCCAGUCUUUAUCGCAGGGACUUUUCUAUCUCCACUCUGACCUUCACAAACCAGAUGUGCAUAAACCUCCUGUGGCCCACAGAGACUUAAGCAGCUCCAAUGUGCUUGUGAGAGCAGAUGGUACCUGUGUCCUGUGUGAUUUUGGAUGCUCCACCAUCCUGCGUUCUUGUUCAGGACAUCGCCACUGGCAGAGUCACGCAACAAACAUGGAGGGUCAUGCUCAGUUGGGCACGCUGCGCUACAUGUCCCCUGAGAUCCUGGAAGGCUCUGUAAACCUAAGCAGCACCAGGUGUCUCAUGCAGGGGGACAUCUAUGCUUUGGGACUGCUGUUGUGGGAGAUCUGGAUGCGCUGCUCUGAUUUAUUUGAAGGCAGUAUUGUACCACAGCAUCAGUUGCCUUAUGAAUCUGAGCUGGGAGCCAAUGUAACAUUGGAGAGCCUCAUCCUGUGCGUGUAUCACAUGAACAAGAGACCCUCCAUACCUAAACACUGGAAACUGCUAACACAGGGAUCUGCACUGCAGGAGCUCCUGACAAAUUGUUGGGACUGUGACGAGGACGCCCGACUGACUGCUCAGUGUGUUGUGGACAGAUUAGUCUCUCUUCAGUCUUGUUACUCUCCAUGACUUUUUUGGUUGUAAUCUACACACAUAUCAAGAAUUUGCAUUGUUCUCUUUGUGUCACUGCUGUUUAUCUUGUCAGUGUAUUUUCAUCAGUUUGUACUGUAUAGGUAGCCUCUUGACGUACACAUGUUUCCAUUACUCUCUUUCUUUCUAUUAGAUAGUUACAACUGGGUUAAUGAAUUGUAAUCCAUAGAAAAGUUGAAAAGCAUGUCCAUAAUGAUAUAAUGGGAAUUAUUGUUUUUGAGAGAGAAGAAAAAGAAAUGUUAUUCCUUCACUCUCAGCAAUAGGUUUGUUUGUUUGUAUUACUUGCCUAAUUUCAUGUAACCAUGACAUAAUUUUGUUUUUUCUAUUUAAAUAAUAAUAAUAAUUGAAAAAUACUUACAACUACUAGUUUCACUUAAAGUAAUAGGCCUUUUUCACAGCAGACAUUUUGACUUGUCAGAGCAGAAAAAUUAGGUGGAACAGGUGGAGCUAAUACAUUAAUGAUGGCUCUGUGACAUUUAAGUAGUCCAGUGAGCCAAGCCAGUGAGCAAGCAUGCACAACAUGCCAAAUUGUCUGCUGUGAAAAAGGCCUUUACCUGGACCACCCAACUAACAUAUCUACAUCGCAUGCUGCCAUCAUUACUGUCAUUAAUUGCAGCUGUGCUUUCCCCAACAUGACAUGUCAAAAUGUCUGCUGUGAAAAGGCCUAUUGGUCGUUGUAAAAAAAAUAAUAAUAAAAUAAAAGAAGAAGAAAACAA